ACAUGGUGCCGAAUUACUACUAUGCAAGUAAGCUUGUUGAUUUACUCUAGCGAUGCACUUGAUUCGAUUAAAUCAUUCCAUACCAUCCAUUCAAGGUCAAGGGGGUUAAAUGUCUAAAGUACUAAGGAUUGUGGAUGAAUAGACCAUUUGUAUAUUUGUAUGGGUCUGGGGUAAUUAAUUGUAUGGAGAAAUGGAAAUGGAGAAAUGGAGAACUGGGGUUCGGGGGAACUUCAUCAUGGAUGGGAAAAUCCUAUAAAGUUGGAGUAGGUAACCCAGCUUUUAAAGGUAACGUCGUUAAUAACAACAUCACCAUCUUCUUCUCUUUUUAUAAUAAGAACCUGGUCCUCUCUCUCUCUCUCUCUUUUAUAUAGAAGGUUUUGGUUUAUUUCUAUUCUCUUCGUUCCUCUCCUCUUCUUCCUAUUCUCUUCGUUCCUCUCCUCUCCUCCCUUCUCCCCUCCUCUCCUCUUCUCACUAAACAAAACUCCCAAUCAAACCCCCAAAAUGGCCGGUGGAAUUCCCAUAUCCACCACCCCCCUCUCAACGGGUUUCCUCCGAGGAAAAGCCCUCAUCUUCCCCCUCUCCCUCGUCAUCUCCCUAUUCUUCCUCUGGGGCUUCUCCUACGGCCUCCUCGAUGUCCUGAACAAACAUUUCCAAACCGUUCUCGACAUAACCAAACUCCAAUCUACGGGUCUCCAGGUAGUUUAUUUCGGAGGCGGAUAUCUUCUCUUCUCGCCUAUUGCUGCCGAAGUCAUGAAGCGCAAGGGGUAUAAGAUAACUAUCUUGAUGGGUCUUUCGCUCUACUCACUUGGUGCUAUUAUGUUCUGGUAAGUGUAACCUUACAAAUGCAUAUCUCAGCAUUCAUAAUAUCCACAUCCACAUGAUAACUAACGCUCAAUCCAAGGCCAACCGCUCAUUUCUCCACAUAUCAAAAUCGAAUCGCCUCAUUUGGAGGGUUUUGCGCUUGUACAUUGGUCAUCGCAUGUGGACUGGCUACUCUCGAAACAGCAGCCAAUUCCUACGCCGUCGUAAUUGGAGACCCAGCAUCCGCAUCCGCUCGUCUCCAAUUCUGUCAAUCCUGGAACGGCGUCGCCUCAUUCAUCGGCCCGUUGAUCGCAGGAAAAUAUUUCUUCACGGGUGAAAAUGCCCACAAUCUAACCAAUGUACAAUUCGUCUAUCUAGCCGUCGCAUGCGCUGGAGCCGCCAUCGGGGUACUAUUCCUCGUCGCGAAACUUCCCGAAGUCUCAGAAGAAAUGCUCGAAUCGAGUACCGUCAAGACGGAAAACUUCGCCCUGGAUGAAUUCGGGAAUGAAAUCGGUCAAGGACCAAUAUAUAAGCAAUACAACAUGAUAUUCGCCUUCAUUGCACAAUUUUGCUACGUCGGUGCUCAAGUAACCGUUGCUUCAUUUUUCAUCAACUACGCUACGGAAAAUGCAACAUAUUCCUCUUCUCAAGCAUCCAAUAUGCUUUCAUACGCACUGAUUACCUUCACGGUAGGAAGAUUCAUCGCCACAGCGCUCGCGACGGUCUUUCAGGCCGAUUUCCUCAUGAUGAUUUAUGCUAUUUUCGCAAUAGCUUUUACAGCCAUUGUAUCCGCAUGGCAAGGAAAAGGCGCAGUGGUAAUACUCAUUCUGCUCUUCUUCUUCGAAGCUCCUAUGUACCCCACCCUCUUUACACUCGGCACCGCAAAUCUAGGCCGCCAUACUCGUCGCGGAGCAGGAAUUCUCGUCAUGGGUGUAUCUGGCGGAGCUGUAUUUCCGCCCAUCCAAGGAGCGAUUGCCGAUUCAGCGGGCACGAGAAUCUCGUAUGUGGUUCCGCUGGUGGGCUUUGUGUAUGUGCUGGGUUAUGUUACUUUUCAUUGGGUGAGACAUGGGAGGAAUAUUAUGAGGGUUAAGGAUGUGGUUUCUGUUGGGUUUGAGGGGGGUGCUUUGGGGGGUGUCGUGGAGAAUGUUCAUUAUGAUGGGGAUAAGGUGAUGAGUGUUGAGCAGAAGGAAACUAUUUGAUUAGUUGGUUUUGAUUUCUUUCAGUUUUAUGAGCUUGGGAAUGAUGAAUGGAUGGAUGGAUGGAUGGAUGGAUGGAAUGGCUUCACUUUAUUGGUGUUUGGGCUGGACAUAAGCAUAGCAUAGCAUAGCAUUCAUGAUGAGGAUGAAAUUUGCUGUUUAUUGUAUAUAGUUUCUUUUACUUGCAUUUGCAUUUGCAUGGGUUUCUCUUAUCAAUCUCUUUGUUAGAUGAGAUUCGAUGGAUGGAUGAUGGAUGGACGGAUGGAUG